UGCCUAGUCAUUAACAGAGGAAGCUUGGGGCUGAAAACCCUGGGACAGAGAGGAGAGAGGUUUCUCUGAGCGUUGGCUGCACCUAUAGACCCAAGGUGCAGCUAAAAAGCUCUCAUUCUCUUUUCUGCUUCCUCAGAAGUCAGCUAGCAGCCCUGCCAACUCCCAUCCCAGCCUCAGCCAUGAUAAGGAGAGGCUUCCAGGCAGCAGCAAGACUUGGCCACCAUAGAGCCUUUCCUGGUGCUCCCUGCAUUUUGCCCAGACUCAGCCCUGCCUCAGCAUUUGGAUCGUCCACGGACUCCCUGAUCUCAAGAUUCUGUCUGGAGAAGAAAGAGUUGAAGGAUUUAGCCCUUCCUAAUGCCAGCUGGUGUCCAGACAUGCUAAGCCUGUACCAGGAAUUUCUGGAGAAGACCAAGACCAAUGGCUGGAUCAAACUGCCCUCCUUCAAGUCCAACAGAGAGCAUAUCCAAGGGCUCAAGCUCCCAUUUGGGCUAGCAGUUACCUCGGACAUAAGCGACUGGCGCAUCUUCACUAGGUGCAUCCAAGUGGAAGGACAAGGCUACGAGUACGUCAUCUUUUUCCAUCCAUCCAAGAAGAAGUCCAUCUGUCUUUUCCAACCAGGUCCCUACCUGGAGGGGGCUCCAGGAUUUGCCCACGGAGGGUCCCUGGCAGCCAUGAUGGAUGAGACCUUUUCUAAAACUGCGUACCUGGCUGGAGAGGGACUGUUCACAAUAAGCCUUAACAUCAGAUUCAAAAACUUGAUCCCCGUGGGCUCUCUGGCUAUUCUGAAUGUGGACGUGGAAAAGAUUGAGCACCAGAAGAUUCACAUGUCCUGCAUCAUCCAGAGCAGUGACCAGCACACAGUCUAUGCCAAGUCCUCAGCUGUUUUCCUUCAGCUGCAGCUGGAAGAAGAGUCAUCACAGUAACAGUCAAUACACCUUCAGGAGAGCCCACGCUGACCGCCCAGGAGCCUCUGCAGAGCAGGGAGGGGUCUCCAGGGAGUGACUGGCGAAGUGAGGGUGAGGGUAAAUAAAGUCUCUGAGUAGAUAAAGUUUCACAGCCCCAAUUUCAGCCCAAGACCCUUCUGUAGUAGGAAAUCAAAAUCCGACCAGGGCCACACACAAUCCCACCUUCUCAUUCAGUGCCAACAGAAGAGACUGGCACCAGCUGAGGCAUCAAGCUCACAGCAAUGAAAGGCAGUGCCCCUGGCCUUGAGUUGCACAGUUGCUGGCCAGGAACAGAGCAUCCCACCAGCUCCUCCCACUCCACCCCCAGCUCCUGCUAUGGGUGCAGUGUAGACACAAAGAGAGAAAGGACCAAUUUAACUCUAUGAAACUGAUAAAAAGACUUUCUAGAGGAAGCUGUGUUUGAAACAAGUCUUAAAAGUUAGGCGGUGUUCAGCAGGUAAGCAAGGAAGGGGGAAGGACUCCAGGCAGAGGGAUGGUAAGAGCUAAGGCCCAGGGGGUGAAAGAGCACAGUGACCUCGGAGAAGGGCAAAGUGCUGGGUGGGGCAGGAGCUUAGGGAAAGAAGGGAGAGGAGCGGGAACAGGCCAUGGAAGGCUUCAUAAACCCUGCUUUGGAGCUUGAACUUUGUCUUCUAGGCAACUGGGAGCCCUUGAAGGGUUUGGGGUAGGGAAUGACAUAUAGUUUUGUUUUUUAGAAAGAUGGCUCUGGUGGCAUUAACUGGUCAACAAGACUGAAGGUGGAGCACUGGUUAGGAGAAUCCUGCUGGGCUCCAAACUAGAGAUAGUAAGGGCCAGCACUGGUCAGAACCAUGAUGAUAGGAAAUGUGGGAAAUGUUACCAACAAGAGAUGCAGGACUUUGUCACUGAUUGUAUAUAGUGGAUCUAUAAAGAGGAGCUUUCAAGGGUGACUCCAAAUUUCUGGCUUGGGAAUUCUAGAUGGCAUCACUGAUAAUAUAAAGGAGCAGGUUUGAGGUGCAUGUAGAUAUUUAGCUCAGUUUCAUAUGCAUUGAGCUUUCACUUGCAUUGAGCUUGAAAUGCUCAUGGCACUUCCACCACAUGGUAAGCUCCAGCAGAAAGGAAUAUUGUGAUCUGGAGUUCAAGACUGAUGAACUACUGACCCAAUUUGUAAGUCAUCAGUAUAAAAACUGACCUAGAACCCCUGGGAGUGGAUUGUGCAGAGUGAGUGAGGAGGCAAGGGGACUGGCAGUGAGGAAAGGGGAGAGAAAGGAAGGGCAAGGAAGGGGGCCAGGGAUAGAGCCUUCAUUCACACUAAGGCUUAAGACAGGGACAGAGGACCAAAGACCCACCAAGGAGGCCAGGAACAGGACAGGAGUGACUGUCCUUAAGAGGGCAAUGUCUGUGAUGUCAAAUGCUGAAGAGAAGGCAUGGCAGAUGAGAACUAAAAGGAGGUCUUUGGAUUUGGUGACAAGGAAGGUGAUGGUCUUCUUUGCCAGGAGAUGGAAGCAAAAUCCAGAUUAUGGUGGAUGAAUAAAUGAAUGGAAAUGACAAAGUGAAUUUAGAUGAUUCUUUCUAGGAAUUUCAUUGUUGUUAUUGUUAUUUAAAGAAAGAUGCUUGAGUAUAUUUAUAAUUUGCUUUGGAAUAAGCCAGUGGAGAGAGGCUGAAACUCUAAGAGAGAGAGAGAUGCAGAAGACCUGCUAUCUGGUCUUAGAGAUGGGUCAAGAGCACAAGUGGACAUAGGGGUCAUGGCAGUAUCAACAUGACUCUGAGACCAAUAGUAAAGGGGUGGUGCAGAGCAGGACAAGAAGUUGAAGGGCUUGAUGCCAGAGUGCUUUGUCUUCCUUGGUGAAAUACGAGGGAAGGCCAUCAGUGGGGAAAGAGGUCUUGAGGAAGGACAAUGAUUUGAAUAAGCCACUGUGGGGAUCAGGAAAUAAAGUGGCUGAGUACAUGUGGGUCAAGGCAUGCUGAAGGGCCAGCUGCUAGUGGAAAACACGUAUCUGGAGUGGCACCAACCUGGGGUAAGGGAAGGUAUGAGCCAGCUGGAAAUCUAGAGGGGCAAUGGCAGAUAAGACAGGUGAGAAUGGUGGUGAGGGAGGAAAGGGUAACAUGACUGGUACACAUUUCUAUGGAAAAAAAAGAUUUUUGGUUUUUGUUUAUUUUUUAUUUUUUUAUUUUUACUUUUUAAUUUGAGGUACAUAC